AAAAAACAGUCGCGGGAAAAGAGCAACAAGACUAGAGAAAAAUCAGUUUGAACUCCUCUUUUCUCGUCAUUUUACAGAUUAUUAUUUAAUACGACGAUCAAACUUCCGAUCAAAAAUGAGCUUCCUAAAAAGAUCAGCAAUGUAUAAUCUGCAGUUUUGGAGUUCUGUUCUACUGGGAUCAAGCAUUACAUACCUUGGCCUGCUUCAUGUUGAACCUAAACAAAGGCAUCAAGAUAAUCUAGAUACAGAUCACAUCUUAGAAGACUUGGGUUAUCAUAAUGACUGUCAAUGGAAUCUAUUGAAGUAUAUUGAUAUUAAAGGAAGUUGGUUGAACGAUCUAUUUGAGGAUUUCAACAUUUCGUUUUGGCAAGAAAGUAUGGUUGGAAUGUUAUCUGCUGAUAUGGUACAUAAGUUUUCAACAGUGUUAUCAUCACCAUGGUUAUGUGAUAGUGGAGGAACAAACAAAUUGCUUAAAGUAAUCCAACAGUAUGGAACAAGGAACACAAGACUACUUAUGACAGAUGUGAUUGCUUCGUUAGAUCUUCCUGAGAGUGAUGAUGUUCAAGAGAUAUUAAGUUCUUGUGAUAAGAGAAUUCUUGUUGGCCUUGCUAGGCUAGGUUCUGUCGAUCAAAGCAUUUGGAGUGCAUUUGAGACCAUUUCAAAAAACAAGAGUGAAGUCAUGCUACAAGGACGAUCCAUAGAGAACCAUCUAAAAUCUCUCUUGCUAUCCUUGCCAUUAACUGGACUAGAUGCUUGUACAACAUGGUUCACUAAGAGUGCUAUUCUGACUGGACGAUCAGCCAAACAACACAAAAGGUCACUGUCGUGGAGUUUUAGUGGAGAUUCUAACUUAUCAUUUGCUAAUAAUUUUUCAUCAAUGCCUCCUGAACAAGUGGAGUUAUACUAUCUAAAAGCAUUAUCAAGACAUUCCAUGGUACCAAGUCAUCGCCAGAUAAUGGUUGAAAAUGGGAUUCUUCCCAUCUUAUUUCAAGAAUUACAGCAGCGGCAAAAUAACCUUAAAAUUAAAUGGGAAAUUGGGCGCAUUCUGGGAAAUCUUACUCUAGAAGAAAUAACUCAUAGUGAUAUUGUAGACCAAGGAAUUUUGCCGAUUCUCAGAUCCUGGUUAUUUUCAGAGGAUCUCACCUUGUCCAGUCAUGCUUCACGUGCUUUAGCUAAUCUUGACCGUGACUUCACCCCAGAUGAAUUCUAUGAGGAAGGAGUUUAUCUCCUACAUCCUGACACAAGACAGAGUAAUGAGAUAGCAGUGGAUGUGGUCUUUGUGCAUGGGUUAAGAGGUGGUCCACUUAAAACAUGGCGUCAGGAGGGAACAGGUAGUUUUCUGACAAGAGAGCAAUGCUGGCCAAAGGCCUGGUUAGUAAAGGAUUUUCCAAACACCAGAGUCCUUAUGGUAGAAUAUGAUUCGUCUUUAUCUAACUGGGUAGCACAGUGUCCAAGUCAACCUGAAAGUUGUUCAUUGGCUUCUCGUAGUAAAAAAAUCAUGAAGAAAUUAAGAACUGCCGGGGUCGGAAAGCGACCUGUAAUAUGGGUAACACAUUCUAUGGGAGGUUUGUUGGUUAAACAGUUGCUGUUGUAUGCACAGGAUGAACACAUGUACAGGAAUAUGUGCGACAAGACCAAAGGAAUUGUGUUUUACAGCACUCCUCAUCAUGGAUCCUCGUUAGCAUCGUACUCUUCACAAGCGCGAUACCUAUUACUGCCUUCUGUAGAAGUCAAAGAACUGUGUCAAGGUUCUCCUUACCUGUUGACCCUUCAUACUCGCUUCAUGGAGUUGUUAGACAAGAAACACUUCGAGUGUCUUAGCAUAGGCGAAACGUUACCCGUCCAACUCUCCUGGAUGUUGAAUUCUGUACUAGUAUCCAAGGACUCGUCAGACCUUGGAGUUGGCCCUUAUUUUUCGCUAGAUGUAAACCACAUUAACGUGUGUAAAGCGAGUGACCCAGAUGAUCAACGUUAUACUUACACUAAGAAUUUCAUCCAAAAGAUACUCAACGAUCUAUAACAACUGCAAAACAGAUUUCUGAGUUAACGAAUUAAAGCAUAUUCCAAAAUCUUCUGCUUACAUUUAAAAAUUGUGUGUUUUAAAAAAAAUUUAAAUCCAUUUUUCUGUGAUCUACGUUUGGUGUUCUCUUUUAGUAUUUUUCUCAGGUUUCCUAUUCAUCCAAAUUUACUCAGUAAACUUGACGUGCUGCGAUACCAAAUCAAAAGUAUAUGGGAUAAAAGCAAAAAAAGGCAUUUUUUUUGAACAUUUCUCAAGUUUAAAUGCACAUUUAGACUUGAACAGCCGUAGACUUGGGUAGCAGUGUGGAAACCCAUUCACGUCAAACCCACCACGCAAAAAUUCUAGUGCAUUCGCGAUUGGCUCAGAGGAAAGCCAAAAAAGUUCUUUGGAUUACUUUUUCCUCAUUGAAGCAAUCAAUCAUCUCAUUCCAUGCGUAGAGUUUAAUUAUAAGUUUUCAUAAAAUAAACAAAAUAUUUUCAAAAGGUUUUAGAUCGAAUUUUAGCGGUUCCCUUGAAUCUCAGUCUUGCAAGGCAAGAAAUCAAGUACACAGUUGGAAAUCCUAAGUAGUUAGUUAUAAACAUGAUGUUAUCCAUCAAGUAUAUAACACCUGGAUAAGUGAAAAAACAUUUGACUGAGUCAGGUUCAAUAGUCUUGCAAYUUUGUGUAAUAUUAGUUUAAGUUCUAAUUUGUAUCCUGACGUGGUUUUGAGAGAAAUUAGCAGCGAAU